GUCAUCCUCCUUUGACAAAGCUGCCUAGUGUAAAUUUUCUCCAACAUCCACAAAAAAGAAGUACGUAAAUAAAACAAAACAUAAAAGGACAAAAACAACGUUUCUAUACUAACAAAAGAGGUUACUGAAUAUUCUUUGUGCAUCUUCAGUUUGUCUGUAUAUGGGCCUUGCCAGAAACUUGUCGUUUGUUUAUAAACAGUUUUCAAGCCAGAAUGUUGUUACAGUUUUCUUAGGCAAACUUUUUUAGCAGCAGCCUUAUCGUUUCGGUAGCAUAAAACACGAAGAAGUGUGUUUUGUUCAGUUGGAUUCCACUCAGUGACCUGUAGUUUUGAGGCAAAUAGAAAGCUUGGAUUUUCGCAGAAGAUCCUUAGCUUUCCUUCCAGAGUGACACAUUUGAUUUUGUUCAAUUAAGCUUUCAGUAUCUGUAUUAUGAUACAGUGGAAGGACAUUUUUUAAAUUAUGAGCCCAAAAUGAAAGUGAAGCAUAAGCUUCGGCAGGCUAUAGACCUCUUAUACUCGGGUGGCUGCUCAACUUCUGAAGCCUAUACUCGUCUCCUUCUCGAAUGUGUUCGUGCAAACGAUGUUGUCCAAGCUAAGAGACUGCAAUCUCAUAUGGACCUGCACUUGUUUCAGCCUGCUGAUACUUUCCUCCAUAAUCGUCUACUCCAUCUCUAUGCUAAAUUUGGGAAACUUCAUGACGCUCGAAAGCUGUUUGAGAAAAUGCACAAAAGGGAUGUUUUCUCGUGGAAUGCCAUGCUUUCUGCUUAUGCAAAAAGUGGGUCUGUCAGGGAUUUGGGGGCUACUUUUGAUCAGAUGCCUUAUCGGGAUUUGGUUUCGUACAAUACGAUGAUUGCAGGUUUUGCUGGAAAUGGGUGUUCAAGCGAGGCGCUACAGGUUUUCUUGAGAAUGCAAGAAGAGGGGUUAGAGCCUUCAGAGUACACUUUUGUGAGCCUGUUGCAGGCAUGCUCGCAGUUAUUGGAUUUUAGGCGUGGAAGGCAAAUUCAUGGUAGAAUUAUAGCUUGUGACUUGGGCAGGAAUGUCUUCAUUUGGAAUGCAUUGACUAACAUGUAUGCCAAAUGCGGUGACAUUGACCAGGCUCAAUGGUUGUUUGAUCAGUUAGUUGAUAAGAAUUUGGUCUCAUGGAAUUCGAUGAUUUCUGGGUAUUUAAUAAAUGGCCAGCCUGAUAAAUGUAUUGAUUUUUUUCAUAAAAUGCAAUUGUCAGGUUUGAACCCUGACCAGGUUACAUUGUCUAAUGUUCUUACUGCUCAUCUUCGAAGUGGAUUUAUAGACGAAGCUAGCAAGGUAUUUCACAAGAUUAAAGAGAAGGAUAAGAUUUGUUGGACAACAAUGAUAGUAGGUUAUGCACAGAAUGGAAGAGAAGAGGAUGCUUUGCUUUUGUUUGGUAAGAUGCUAGCAGAAGAUGUAAUACCUGACAGUGUUACAAUAUCGAGUGUGGUUAGUUCCUGUGCCAAAUUAGCAUCUUUGUCUCAUGGCCAAGCUACUCAUGGAAAAGCAGUUCUGAUGGGAGUUGAUGAUGACUUGCUUGUGUGUAGUGCCCUUAUUGAUAUGUAUUGCAAAUGUGGAGUUACUUCGGAUGCUUGGGAGGUUUUCAAGAUGAUGCCAAGUCGAAAUGUUGUCUCGUGGAAUGCUAUGAUUGGGGGUUAUGCACAAAAUGGGCAAGAUAUACAGGCUCUGACCCUCUACGAAAGCAUGUUGCAAGAAAACAUGAAACCAGACAAUGUUACUUUUGUAGGUGUUUUAUCAGCUUGUAUCCAUGCUAAUUUGUUUGCAAAAGGUCAGGAAUAUUUUGAUUCGAUUAGAAUCCAACAUGGUAUGACACCUACUUUGGAUCAUUAUGCCUCUAUGAUCUGUCUCUUUGGGCGUUCAGACUGCAUUGACAAAGCAGUAGAUCUUGUCAAUCAUAUGCCCCAUGAACCAAAUAGCCUAAUAUGGUCCUCUCUUUUGUCUGUUUGUGCAUUGAGGAAUGAUAUUGAACACGCAGAGGUAGCAGCUAGGCAUCUCUUUGAGUUGGAUCCGCUCAAUGCUGGACCUUACAUUAUGCUUUCCAACAUGUAUGCUGCUCGUGGAAGAUGGAAAGAUGUGUCAUAUGUGAGAUCUCUAAUGAAAGAUAAGAAUGUUAAAAAGUUUGCUGCUUAUAGUUGGAUUGAAUUUGACAACAAAGUCCACAAAUUUAUAUCAGAAGACCGUACUCAUCCAGAAACAGAACAUAUUUACAAAGAACUAAACAGGCUGAUGAGAAAAUUACAGGAAGCUGGGUUUACUCCUAAUACAAAUUAUAUUCUGCAUGAUGUUGGGGAGAAGGAAAAAAUUGAGACUAUCUGUUACCACAGUGAGAAACUUGCUCUUGCAUUUGCAUUGAUAAAAAAACCUGAUGGAGAGAUACCAAUUAGGAUUAUCAAGAACAUUCGUGUUUGUGGCGAUUGCCAUGAGUUUAUGAAGUUUGUUUCAAAAAUUAUCAAGCGAACAAUCAUCUUGAGGGAUUCAAAUAGAUUCCAUCAUUUUACUGGGGGGUUGUGCUCCUGCAAGGACAACUGGUAAUUAAAGUCCCCCGUAAAUUUCGAAUUUGUUUAAAGUCUGGGAAUAUUAAUUGAAUAUUUGAAUAUCAAAUUAACAAGAAUGUAUGGACGGACAGCAGCAAAACUUCUUAUCCAUGAAAGUUCCCGACCAGAGGAAUGUCUUUUAUUUGAAAUUUAUCUGGAGACUAAUCUUCUGCAGUGGGAAAUUAUAAUGGGACAGCUUUUGCAAAGCCUGCUGGUUAUCACAAAUCUUGUGGCUAGUGGGAUUAGCAUAUUUUCCUAAGUUGUAAAUUUCUUUCAAAUGAUGACUUCAUAGCUUAUAUACAGAAACAUUGAGGAAAUUAUACAAGAGAGGCAAGUACUUUUUUCAUAACCGAUAACAAAGCAAUGGGCACCAACACAUCAGAACACCGUCGAAAUUCCAAGAUGCUGAACUAUAGGUGCUGGAUAAGGAAGGAGCUCAAGAUUGCAAUCACAUAUCACAAUUUCCUGCAUAGUCAUUAAGUAUUAGUGUCAUUCAUGAGUUCGAUCAUUAUUUUAAUUACAGAGGUACUCAGGUACCCUUUCUAUCCCCUGAUCUGAUUUUCUUUUCACACAAAAGAGAAAUUCAUUUAAAAUUUGUUCACCAUGGCUUUGAUUUCCCUGCACUUUAUAUUGUGCUAUAAGUAACAUAUUGGGAUUUCCUUCAAAUUAUUUUAGAACUUUUGCCGUUAUGUUGUAGUAUAACAUUUAUUAUCGUUAUUAUAAAUAUUUUUCAUCUUGUCUGGCCAUCUUAUCAUAAUGCAAUAUUGAAGAACUAUGCAAACAGAUGAUGAGCAUAUUUGUUGGCUUCAGUUUCUAACUAAGAAGGGAAUAUAUGAUUUUUGGAACUGGUUUGAUGACCGAACAUGCUAAUUUCUACUUGUAUCCUCUCAGCCAUGUGAUCGGUGGUACUGUUUACCCAGGAUUGACCUUGACAGCAAUAACCAUUUGGUGUGGAAACUGUAUGUGUUUUUACGGCUCGCGUACGUUUUGAGCUUUGGCUUCAGUGGCAACUUACCUUCUGACUUAGGUUCUUUUGCAUUAGUACCUGUAGUUAGAUUCCAUGCAGUGAUGACAUCGGAAAAUUUUGCCUCCUUCCUUUUCAUAAUUAUCCAUGUGGUGGCUCUUGUAUAUUAUAUCAAAGGGGUCUCUCUCCAAGAAUGUUUAAAGUAGCUGUCACACUUGUUCUGUCGGUUGGCCCAUAAGUUUUCACUUUGUAUUUGGUUCUUUUAAUAUAUUUAAGAUAUAAUAAAUUUAAGAGUUGAUAUUUGAAAUUUGUGUACUAUUUCUUUUCCAGGGUAGUGUGUUUUGCUUUAAUUGCAGUACUUGUAGCUCUAGUAGCCUCCAGCCCAACAAAGGGAUGGAGUGGAUGAAGCUUGAGUCUACUUGAUCCCGAAGAGUUAUUCUUCUUGCUAACUUUGGUCUUUUUAAAUAAGUUAAUAUAAUUUGCAAACAGAAGUCG